CUGCAACACCUUGGGAGAUCUUUCUGGAGCACCGUUUGGAUCUAUGAAGAGGACGGACCCGGGGAAGUCACUGGACAUGAUUUGAAACUGAGGGCUACGAUUCAUGAAUGCCCAAAAUGACGAAUGGACCGGCGCUGUCUACUGCCAAGGGAGGAGAGAUUUAUGUGGGAAGUGAAAUCCAGGCAUCCCUUUCACAUCUGAAUGUUCUUUAUGCAAAUCAUUUUGAAGGAGUGUCCAUAGAUCCUAAUGUUGCCAAGGAGACAGAAGUUAACUUUUACAAAGGAGCGCCUCCAGAAUGGGACAACUUCUACCUGAGUGACCAGGCAGAGUCAACUGGCACUGGAACGCCUUUCAUUAAACGAGAUGGAUAUAAGCAACUCAUGCAGCAAAUUCAUGAAAGAAAAAAGAGUCCUGGAACAUCAACGAUUAAGUUGUUCCACCAACUGGGAUGUGGGGGAACGACUCUGGCCAUGAAGGUGUUGUGGGACUUGAGAAAAACCUUCAGGUGCGCCAUAUUAACAAGCCCAAUUUCAGACACCAGACUGACUGCCAAAGAGGUGAUUCACCUUUUCACAGCAGGUCAUCUAGGCCACCAGAACACAGUGCUGCUGUUAGUGAAUGACGAGCACGUUCUGAACAAAAUACCACACGAAAUUAUGGAAGAGCUUCGUCAACAGCAGAUAACUACCUACAGUCAUGUGGCGAUUCUUCUUCACUGUGACAGAAAUGUAGCCAUUUCAAACAGCGACGAUAUCGUAGUCAAAGACGAACUGUCGCAAAAGGAGAAAACUGAAUUUAACAAGAAAAAGGAAGAGCUCCGCAAGAACUGCAGCAAGAAAUGUCAACAAUUUCACGGCUUCAACAUAAUGCAAACAGGUUUCGAUCGAGAGUAUAUCCAGCGAACAUGCACCAUCCUGAAAAAUGUUAAGAGAACAAAUCGACCAAGGAGUGCUCAGCUCGUAGCCAUUCUGUCUCUACUGAAUGCCUACGUACCAGGUUCAUACCUCCUCCAGUCUCAAUGCCUGGACUUCCUCAAGCACAGCUCCACCGAUGUGGAAUUAUCAUUGGAAGAUAAAAUGCAGCCCUUUAGCCACCUCAUCAUCACCUUCCAAAAAGAUAAAAAAAAUCAUCAUGGCACACCCUGCCAUAGCACAGUACUGCACCAAACUGUUAGCAGAGGCGGUGUAAGCAGGAGUGACACCGCUAGAAACCUACUGACUAAUUUUUUCUGCAAAACUGCAAUUCCUCAGAGUUUGCCUAGUUUCAUCAAAGACAUGCUAACCAACAGAGAAAUACAAAAGGAAGAGAACCAAACCAACGGUGGCAUGCCUGGAAUGAAAGAGAAGAAAAAAAUGUUUUCUCAACUAAUUCUAGACAUUCAAGGACUGGAAGACAAAGAACAAGCUGCCUCAGUUUUAAAGGUUGCAUCAAGGGUCUUUUAUGAAAGUCCUGUUUUUCCUCAGGCACUUGCUCGUUUCCAUUACAUUGUACGCAAAGAUUACAAUGCAGCACAAAUGUGGGCAGAAACAGCCAAACAAAGAAGCCCCACCAGUUCAUUCAUUGCUGAUACAAUGGGCCAAGUCCAUAAACACCACCUGAACAGCAGAAUGUCUCAUCACAAGCCAGGAGACUCAACAAGCAAGGAUCCUGCCAACCCAAGAGAUAUUUUGCAGAUUGCCAAAAAAGCAAUAGAGGCAUUCAAACAUGAGGAACAACUUGCUGAAAAUGAACUUUGCUCCACCAAAGUCUCUUUUUUUAACAUCAGAGGGCAGUUUGGUUAUCUGCAGAUAUGCAAACUCAUUUAUGACUUCUUGGUGCCACAAAGCGAGACUUGGAAAAGGAUUCUCACAAGGAAUGUUACGUUGAACUCUGUUCCAGGGUUACUCAAAAUCCACAAGUGCUACAGAUUCAAUGAUCUACUAUACAGUCUCAAAGACGAGGUGGAGAAGAAGUGUCAUUUUUUUAAUGCCUACCUGAGUUACUCAAAGCCUGACAAGGAAACAGCGGAUCCUUCGUACAUUUGGCCAGACGUGUUGUCAUGCUACAACAAAUAUGUUGAACACCCUCCACUUGUCCUUGGACAUGAAAUCUCUUUGAAAGGAGACGCACUCAGACAGGAUGACACCCCUGAAUCGUACAUGCACACCAUCAUCAAAGAACGGCCCAAGGAUGAUGAGAAAACGUCCCCCGCCUUCAAAGAUUUAAUUGAAGAAAUGGGCCGAUCCUAUGAUUGCACAUAUGCAAAGUACCUUCAAUCAAGAUAUCUUCUUCCCAUAUUUUACCUUUGUAAGGACAAGGACAACAAGAUUGUUCUGUCAGAAAAAAAUCCCCUUUUGAUUGGGAAAGAAAAACCAACAGAAGGUAUUCUGAGUGACAAGCACAGCAAGGAAGAAAUCAGACAUCUGAAGGGCAAAGAAAACCUCUUCAAACUACACGGAGUUGUCAGAAACCACCACAUUUUUGCAAAAGUGGCAGGCACAGAAAUCCAAGUGGACGCCAAUUCCCAACAAAGCCUUUGGAAGCCAUGUGAGGUUUCCUUUUUCCUUGGAUUCACCGUCAAAGGUCUGAUAGCUGAUGAUAUCCACGAAAUGCAAGCUAUACAAGAACGGCCAACAGAAAAGCUGAAAUAUGCUUGCAGAAGUACUGAGUGGGACUCCAGCGACUGGACAAACGUCAAACCGAAAGUAACUGAAACUGAAGAGGGACAAACAUACAGCCUCCAGUCUGAAGCAGGCCAUUUCACAUGCAGUGUGUCUUCCCUGCGUUGGGUUUCUCAGGGAAAAGUAAACUUCACUUACCAGUUCAUUUCUUGGGAGGAUUACAAAGAAAGGCCUUCGUGCAUGGAUUACAUACCAGCUGGACCCCUACUGAACAUCACAGUCACAGCUGGAAGCACUGAGGAGAUUCACCUGCCUCACUGGAUCUGUAUAGAUGAUUCUUCUGUAACAUCAGACAUGUUUGCUGUUCUCCAUGUCAAGGACUGUGGAGAUUUCAUGGAUCGCGUGUCUGAAGUAACACCCUCACAUGUCAAGUUACUCGAGCCACAUUUGUCUCCACUUGGGACAAUGAUCCGGAGAAAACUUGGCAUCCCAAUCAAAAUUUACUGUGAUGUCUUAAUAUACAAGACAAGUAAAACAUACCUCACACUGCAUGUGUACCUGGUCCCACCUGAUCCUGCUGUCAAACAGAUGACUAUCAAAACACAAGAAGUUGUCAUGAACAAGAGCCGCAUUUUGUGGAUCAUCACCGUACAGAUUUAAUCAACAGCGUGAGCGAUGUACAACCCAUCCUGGAUAAGCUGAAGGAGAUGGGGUUCAUCUCUGAUGAGGGCUACAAUUCCGUGAGAGCUGAAAAAAAUCACGCAGGAGCAGAUGAGGCACAUCUUAGGGUUGCUGACUACAGUGCAAAGCAAAGAUGCCUUCAUUGAAAUUUUGGAAGGGAUGAAGAAUCUGCAGCACAUCAUCUCUGAGCUGGAGGAAAAUCACUGAGAAUGCACGCUGGAUAUUUGUCCUCCACAGGAAAGAGUCUGCCAAGUGUUUUUUUUUUUUUUUUGCAAGAAAUGUCUCUCCUUUCACAGCACACCUCAGAGAGUUUUUAAAUAUUUUAGAGCCUGAUUACAUUUUUGUUGCAUCCUUUUCCAGAUAGUCUUCAAUGCAUCCACCAAGGAAGAUCAACCAUGUUUUCACCACUGGUGUUCUCUUAGUAGGAUAACUCAAAAAAGUAAUGUACACAUUUAAUGAAAUUUGGUGAGCAAAGAGAUCAUGUUCCAGGACCUACACAAUUCAGUUUUGGACAUGAUCAGGAAAAUAUUCUGGAAGUGAGAUCCACAAAUAUGUUUGGCACAUAGCAACAUUUAACUCAAACUGUUGUGAGAGCAUGUUGAUGAAACUUGGUGAGCAGAUUUCUGAUUUUAUUUAGAAUUUGAUCUGGAGCAUAUUUUGAAUCAGAAGACAUUUUAAGCACUUGGGAACAUGUAUUAAAAAAAUGUAGUUUGGAAAGGAUUUUAUUUAUUUGUUCAUAUUGAUGUCCUGUCCAUUAUUUUACUUGGGGUAUGUUGUUGCCUGCUCACCCGUUUCAAUAAUAAUUGCAGCUUUAAAGUGCCUCAACGUGAAAUUAUUAACAACCUUUUGCAGUGAAGAAUCUCUGGCAACAUCUAUAGAUUUACAACUUUUUCUAUAAAAAA